AUGGAACAAGAGUCUAUUCAACAAAUUCAAGAUAGUCUAAAUGAAUUAAAAUCACCCUCUGAAGUUCUAGACGACUAUCUAGAUUCCAUUUACAACCUGAAGGCAGAAGUUGUUCAUAAUCUGAACGAGUUACGACUUUUAGACGAACAGUGUGAAAAGUUACGUGCGAUUUGCAACGAAUGUCAGGACAAAUAUUUCGCCUGUGUGGAUUCUGAUCACAUAGAUGAAAACGACAGAGGUCCUAGUUAUUGGAAAAAUAUGGCAGAGAAAGCUUAUGAAGAUGCUAUGCAAAAACAAGACGAAAAAAUUGCUGUCGCUGAUAAAUUAUAUAAUUUACUCUCUAGGCAUUUUGAGAGACUAGACGAAGAUGACGACGGUGACUUUGAUCCUAAUGAACUUGUAUAUUGUAUAUGCAAACGACCAGAAUUUGGCCAAAUGAUUCAAUGCGAUCAUCCUAGCUGUGUAACAGGAUGGUACCACUGGGAAUGCGUGGGUCUUACUAAGCAGCCUUCGGGUCAGUGGCUAUGUCCUGAUUGUGAAUUCAUUCCAUAUCCAACAACAGUAGAACCUAAUCCCUUGGAUAGCUUAAUGCAUAUCAUGGAAAAUUUUGCCAUGUAUUCAUAUCCUGGACAGGGAAUUGAUGAUCUCUCGCUUAAUAAUCCACCAUACCAUUGGUGA